AAUAAUACAGUAGAGUGUCAGAACCCUGCUACUAGAGCCUGGAUGUGGCUCUGAGUUUCAGGGUCACUGACAUUGAUAAGACACCUGCGUCCCAGGACUCGGAGGAGAAACGGCUGAUGGACUUGGCGGGGAAUUUGCGCGGGGUUUUACUGAGCGGGAAGAGACUGUUCAAAUGAGGGGGAGGGUAUAUAAAGGAGGGUUGGCCGGAGCCUCCCAUUCUUGGCUUUUCUGAUGUUCAUGUUUCCUACAGUAAAAGUUCCUGGUGAUACCACAGAGAGUCUCGUGUGUUCAUUCAGGAGCGGCUGUGGUGAGCUGACACUAAGCCAAGAAUACGGACACCAUCCCGCUGUAGCGGUGAGGUGUAACAUGCAAGUGGAGGAUGAAGAGCUCUUGGGCGCCGGAGGAGGAAGGUCGGAAAGGGCCACUCCCGAGACGGACGCUGAGUUCCACCAGCUGGCGGCCCUGGCGUCAUCCACCGCUUAUGCCCAGCCAAAUGGGGUAACCCAGAGGCGCGGAGUGGUGCGGGGAGAUAGCACCGGAGGAGAGGAAGGUUCACCUUCCCCAGGCCCGCAAAAGAUGGUGUUUCUGGAGGAGAGGAUGUCGGCGAUGGAGACCACCCUGGCAGUGAUGUCGAGGGCGAUGGAGCGCCUGGCGGUUUUGGCGGAGCCGGAGCGAGGAAGGGAACUCCGGGCUAGCUCAAUGUGGGACGUGAGCAUGGGAAGCAGCCAGGGCUUUGCAGACCUCCCAGCACCGAAGGGAAGGGAAAUGCGAAAGGAGCCCGGUGCCCGGCCCAAGAUCCAAACGAGCCUGACGCGGGUGGAGGAGAGUGACGACGAAGGGGAAAAGCCUCCGAGAAUCCCGGCUACGCUCCCAACUGAGACCCUGGUGCCCCUGGCGAAUGCCGGGCGUGGCACAGGACAAAGGGAAGCAGCAGCGGGGCCCACUGGCCCGCAAGGGGGCUUGCGACGGGCGGAGAAUUGGGGAUUGCCACCACAGGGACCCCUACCGAGACGAGAGGAACUAAGGAUCGAGUUUGGGGGAGAGUCCUCUGAACUGGAUUUUUUCCUGACCACGGUGAGGGGCUAUAUGGAGGACAAUGCCCACACUUUUAGAACGGAAUCCAGCCGGGUACGGGCCAUUGGUGCAGUGUUGAAGAGGGGAGCGGCCAGCUGGUACGUUCAACUACACGCGCGGCGCGACCCAUGUCUGGGGUCACUCCGACGCUUUAUGGGGGCCCUGGAGACCCGUUUCCGAGAUCCACUGGAGCAGAUCCGGGCGAGGGAGGAGUUGAAGACCGUCUCCCAGGGGCAGAGGUCGGUAUCUGAGUAUGCGGAGGAGUUCCAAUGCCUCGCUGAAAAGGUGCCGGAAUGGUCUGCAGUGACAAAGAUAGAACUCUUCAAAGAGGGGCUCAGGCGGGAGAUCCUCUCCUGGGCGGUGCAUCGUGAUGAGCCUGACACACUGCGCGGAUGGAUUCAGCUGGCGGGGCGCAUCGAGACAUCGCUGGCCCAGGCGAGGAGGCACCGAGGAGGGCUACAGCAGCGGCCGCAGAUGAAAGAGGGGAGCCGGAAGGAGGGAUCAACCCCAGCCGGGAGGAGAACGGAGCCGACAGGGAACGUGAGCACCAGCAGGAGGGGCUGCUUCGUGUGCGGCCGUUUGGGCCACAGGGCUGCCGAGUGCUGGCAGAGAAAAGGGGAAGGCGGAGGCCCGCCCAAACCAAGAGCCGUGGCAGGGAAACGCGCCGAGGAAGAACCACCGAUGAGGCACCACUCGGGGGGGUUGGACGAAGGGGAGGAGGACGCCAUGUCAGAACCCUGCUACUAGAGCCUGGAUGUGGCUCUGAGUUUCAGGGUCACUGACAUUGAUAAGACACCUGCGUCCCAGGACUCGGAGGAGAAACGGCUGAUGGACUUGGCGGGGAAUUUGCGCGGGGUUUUACUGAGCGGGAAGAGACUGUUCAAAUGAGGGGGAGGGUAUAUAAAGGAGGGUUGGCCGGAGCCUCCCAUUCUUGGCUUUUCUGAUGUUCAUGUUUCCUACAGUAAAAGUUCCUGGUGAUACCA